AUGCAAGUCUUGAAAGAUGAGCUAGAUUUCUUUAGAAUAAUUUGCUGUUUCACAGGUGCCUUGAAGAAAAUAAAAGAUCUCAAAAGUGUCUUAAUGACAACCGAUGGCCUCAUGUUGACAAGACAGCUGGUUGCCUUGCAGAGGGCAGGGCUUGACGGUCUGAACAUCAGCUUAGACACCCUGCAGUCCCAACGCUACAACCAGAUCAUGAGGAGGAAAGGCUGGGAGCAUGUCAUGGCUGGCAUAGAUCUAGCCUUGCAACUUGAAUACGACCCUGUGAAGAUAAUUUGUGUUGUAAUGCAAGGUUUUAAUGAAGAUGAAGUGUGCAGUUUUGUGGAGUUAACAAAAGAGAAAAAUGUUGAUGUAAGAUUUAUCGAGUACAUGCCUUUCAGCGGCAACAAAUGGAAUGAUGGGAAGAUGGUCUCCUUUAGUGAAAUGCUCCAAAUAAUUAGAAAGCAGUGGCCUGAUUUUGAUCCUCUUCCCAAUGGGCCCAAUGAUACCUCAAAGGCAUACCAUGUGCCGGGCUUCAAGGGACAUGUGGGAUUUAUUACCUCAAUGAGUGAACACUUCUGUGGCACGUGCAACCGUUUACGGAUAACAGCUGAUGGCAAUUUGAAGGUGUGUCUCUUUGGGAAUUCAGAGAUAUCUCUCAGAGAUGCAAUACGAAGCAAAUGCAGUGAGGAUGACUUGCUUGCCAUGAUUGGGGCAGCAGUGAGAAGAAGGAAGAAACAACAUCGAGGCAUGCUAAACCUGUCAAAGAUGAAGAAUCGGCCAAUGAUUCUUAUUGGAGGAUAA